GAGAAGAGAAAAUGGUUCAUAGAUGGAUUGAAACCAGAAUAUCGAUUGAAGGUUAAAGAACAUUUUCCUGCUGAUUAUAAUAAAGCAAGGAAUUUGGCCAUAAAAAUCGAAAGGUAUAAUAAAGAUAAUCAAUUCGAUAUACAAAAGACGAAUAAGACUUUGAUAGAGAGAGGAUAUAAUAACACCAAAUUUGGCAUCGAUGAGUUAAUGAAUGCAAUGGAAGCUUUAAAAAUAUCACAAAUUAAGAAAAAACCUAAUAAUGACAUACAAUAA